AUGCCCACAGCAUCCCACUUGCUGUUGUGCACCACCCUGGGGCUACUCAGGCCUGUGUGUGGGGCCAUGCUGAGAAAUGAAGACACAUGGCAGUCACUCAGCAACCUCAGGAACCGAGACCUGGUAAACAUGCAGGUGUGCCAGGCUGCAGAGAGGCCGGUGCCUCUCUGGAGUUUUGCACAUGGCACUGUGCUCCAGAGCACAGGGAGAGGGGGCUGCAAGCUUUUACAGGAGCCUUCGGUGUAUUUUAAGGCCAGAGGUCUUGAUCUUGGAAGGUUUCCAAAUACUUUCUCCAUGAAUAAGGGUCCCAGCCUUCUCUCUUUCCAGUCAGAACUUAUUGCUUCCACAUUUGCAGAUUACAAAGAGCAGAAAAACUCCACUCCCACUUACCUCAAAGGCUGA